CUGACUCUUCUCCGCUUGGGACCUGGAAUAAAAGAGGAAGGGGGGAGGGGCGGGAGGAGAUCUCGUGGUCUCCACACGAUUCGUCCUCCAGAUUUGGGAUUUCAGCUCGCUGACGAUUUUUUUUCGAGAUUUUUUCCUCUGGCUGGAGCUUUGCUUCGAGAGGUUAACUUACUCAAGGCACCAAAAUGGAAUCUGUAUUCAGAAGAUUGUGUCCUGAGGAUUCCUUUGCUCAGGAUGGCAUUCAAAGAUGUCCAUUUUUGAGAAACAUCAAUGAGCCUACUAACUUUUCCUUCUCGUCUGUCAGUUUUCCUGCACCAGUUCAAGGAGCCAAGGGUCCAAUCUUUGAGGAUGGACCCAAUUUUGAAAUGGCAUUCAGGCUUUUCCAUGGACGAGAUGGAGUUGUCCCACUCCCAGGAAGGUUAUUCACGCAUAGUGAGAAACCAGAACCUGAACCAGAGCCGAAGUUUAACCCCUUAGUGGCAAAAGCAGCGACCAUAAGUCUUUCUGCUUUUGGACCAGGAGGACCUUUUGGCUUUGAUUUUUUCUCGAAAAAGUGGCCAAGGCAAAAUAAGAAAUUCUCCAAGCAAGAACCAUCUACUCAGAGAGGAGGAAAUUCUUCGCAUGAAUCACUGAGCAAUGAGUGGCUGGAAACCGGGCAGUGCCCCAUAGCAAAGUCCUACAGAGCAGUGAGUGGCGUCCUGCCCCUUGUUGCAAAUGCUCUAAAGCCUCCACCAGGUAUGAAACUAAGGUGCCCACCUGCUGUUGUGGCUGCUCGGGCAGCUCUGGCUCGAACGGCCCUUGUGAAGAACCUUCGCCCCCAGCCCCUGCCAUCUAAGAUGCUUGCAAUUGCCAUGCUGGGCAUUGCAGCCAAUAUCCCCCUCGGAAUAUGGAGGGAGCACACCAAAAAGUUCUCACCCCAGUGGUUUGCAGCAGUCCAUGCAGCAGUCCCAUUUAUUGCCAUGCUUAGGAAGUCUGUGCUGAUGCCAAAGACUGCAAUGGCAUUCACCUUAGCAGCCUCAAUCUUAGGUCAGACUAUUGGGUCCAGAGCUGAACGGCUCCGGCUGAAGAAGGUGGCAGCAGCAGCAGCAACCGAUGGAGGCUCUGGCAGUCUUACUUGCAAGGCUAUUAUAUAUCCCAAAAAGAGUGGGCACUGUGGCGAUGAAAGGGUUUGGGAGCCACUUCCGCUCAAAGUAGAGAACAGUGGCUCUUCAACAACCGCGACAACAGCAGAUAUUUGUUACUGAUCAUGACGCACUUGGGCAUGUGAUUCCUGUGUUGUUAAUUAUUCAUUAGACCAUUUUGAAAGACUGAUCAGUGUCUUACUUGCGUGCUUGCUUCUUUACGGGUUAGAAUCCCUCUGAAAACCCUAUUCUACUUUCUGGGGAAGGUGUGAACCAAUAAAAGGCAUUGAAGAUUGUUUUGUCAUAAUUCAGUGACAGAAGUUCUGUUUCAUUCUUUGGUUGUGAUAUUAGACAAAGAACUGCAGAGGCUUUGCUUUCACAAGUGUAAGCUUUAAUUGUAUCAACAAAAUACAAACACAUACUUCUUAGUAAAUAUUAUGCGAAUAAGGAUGUUGUUGUCC